AUGAAGGCGUCCCCUUCCCCGUGGACCGCGCUGCAGGAGCACAUCGCCUCGCUGCCGUUCGACGUGCUCAUCCGGCGCAUCCACUCCAGCUCCCGGCGAAAUCCCGCGCGCUCGCUGGAGGCGCACUUCGUCGGCGUUCUCGCCUGCCCGGCGCCCGGUGCGUGUCAGGGGCAGGCGGAGGUUCCGCGCCCGUGUGGGGGAACUCGCGCGGUGGCGGUGGCGCCCGGGGAGGCGGCGAGGGCCGCCGCGGUUUCCUCGCCGCAGCUGCGGGAGCUUUUGAGCCAACGGCUGCUGCAAGACGUCAGGCAGCCCCGGGCGCGGCUGCAGCUGAGCCUUGACGAUCUUAGCCUGAUUCUCGCCAACGCGGUGCGGCACAAGUUUUCCCCCCAGCUCACCCGUACCACGCUGCGGCUCUUCACCGACGCGCUAAACGGUGUGAGGGGCAGAGAUGCCGCGUCCCAGCAGAUUGAGGCGCUUUCUCGUGUGAUGGAGGCCUGCUGCGACGAACUCGGCGGCGAUGCCCUGAUGACGUGGGACGACCUUGCCGGCCUGGUGGCCAUGGUGGAACAGCGGUGGGCGCUCUUCACCAAAUCCAACUCUGUCUGCUGCCUGCUUAUUCAGUUCUUCGCCGCCGUGAUCGCCGUGGAGCUCUCGACGGAGGCGCCAGCGCCAGGUCUAUUAAAAGCCGACCCCGUGCUGCUAAAGGACCGAUGUCUGCAGCUUGUUCGUGGCGCGACGGAUUUUUUGGCUGACACUGUGGAGGCUGGCGUUCCGCUCACGUGGAGUUCCGCAGAGUUGCAAGGAAUGUGUGCGGUGGUGCGGCGUCUGCGCCACUACGAAACCGUUCGAAGCUCCUCGCAACUGGGUUCUUCAGGACGCGUGCGUUUUUGGAAGCGGACCACGGUGCCGGCCUCUGCCGAACACGUGGAUUCCGCACCACCCGUUCACAGGCAACUCAGUCGCCUGGUGACAACCCAGGUGCUUUGCCACAGCCGCUUGCUAAACGACGUGCAAGCCAUGACGUUAGAGCAGGCGGCCGGCGUCUUUUACGCCGUUUCAAGCGCUUGUGGCACAGAGGCAAUUCUUCGCUUUGCGCUUCCCGUUCAGAAUGUCCUGAGGCGAGCCGUUGUCGCGGAUGCGGCGAGUAUGGGGCAAGUUAUUUGUAUAGCAGAGGCGAGCCUGCACGUGGAGGGGGCCUCGUUGCUGUUUGUCGAGGCGGUUCGCUGCAUUGGUCGCUUUGUCUUUGUGCUGACGUCAGGUGCGACGUGGGGGCUGCUGGCCGGUGUCUGCGCCCUGUUGGAGGGCGCCCCGCUGAGUUUGCGGGCGACGGUGGCGGAGUGCCUGCGCGCGCUGCAGAACUCGCUGGCGAAGUCGCAGCGUCUUCCCUCGCCCGCCUCGCCGGAGUUCGCGUCGUUUCGUUUGGCGGUCGUCAUGCUGGCCACCCUCCUUCUGCAGCAGGGGGUGCCGGCGAGCACGCGGAUGGAGGAGAUACUGCACGGCGUGGUGGAGGCGGCGCCGGUGCUGCGUGACGGCGGCGAACGCGGCCCCGCGGUGCUCGUGCGCUGCUGCUUCGUCCUCACCGCGGGCCGGCCGCACGCAAACGCGGCGAGGCAGGCGCGGGCGCUGCGCCUCGCGAUGGCGGAGGCCACGCAGCUGCUGAGCGACGACGGCAACGGCCAUGCCCCGCAGCUGACGGGCGCGGAGCGCCGCAUGUUGCGCAGCUCCUUCAAGCAGUUCCGCCAGGCGUCGGCCCACGCCGGGGAGGAGCGGCAGGUUGAGGGCCAACACGCGGCAACUCCCCCUUCCCCCCGCGAGGCCGCCGCCGCGCCGCAGCCCACACCGCCGCCGGCCUCCAAUUCGGCGAAAACGGCUGGCCGGGCGUGA